UAUAUUGGCAGCUCUGAUAUUACGUCAUUAGUUGAUUAUGUUGGUAUCAAGAUUUAGUGCAAUACAAUACAUUAUACAAGCGACAUUUCUUAUUACCUAUUUUGUAUGGCACUCCCGUCUCUUGAACGUAGUCACAGCUUCCCUAUAUAUUAUGAUACUCAAAGAAAAUUUAAACACUACAUGCAUUAGCGGGUUUAAAAAUAAUUAUUAUGGCUGUGAAAAGGAGAAAGAAUAAUUCUGACGAGAGCGAUAAUAAAGUAUGGUGGAUAGCAUUUGGACUAAUAUGUGGUGCAACUUUUUUGACUCGAUUUUAUAAGGUCCUGGAGCCAGAUCAUGUAUGUUGGGAUGAAACUCAUUUUGGAAAAAUGGCCAGCUGGUACAUUAAUAGAACAUUCUUUUUUGAUGUGCAUCCACCAUUGGGUAAAAUGCUUAUUGCACUAUCUGGGAAGCUGACAGGAUAUGAUGGAACAUUUCCUUUUGAGAAGCCUGGCGACAAGUAUGACGGUGCUAAAUAUGAGGGGAUGAGAAUUUUUUGUACGACUUUGGGUGCAUUAACUGUGCCUCUAACUUUUUUGACACUGUGGGAGAUGACACGUUCUCUGGACUCCACACUAAUUGGUACCAUGUUGCUGUUAUUUGAUAUCGGUUUCUUAACGUUGAACAGAUAUAUUUUGUUGGAUCCCAUUCUGUUAUUUUUUAUGAGUUGUUCCAUGUACGGUGCAUUUAAGGUGAAAUCUGUAACGGAGUCCGGUGUGGCACCGUUCUCGGCGCGCAUGCUGUCGUGGCAGGUGUACCUGGGCGCUUCUCUGGCCUGCACCAUGUCUGUCAAGUUUGUGGGACUGUUUAUCGUCCUGUUUGUCGGGCUUCGCACCAUUGCCGACUUGUGGAACGUGCUUGGCGACCUCACCAAGCCCGUUAGCUUGACUGUGAAACAUUUAAUCGGUAGAAGCAUAACAUUAAUCGUCUGGCCCAUCACACUCUAUAUUUUCUUCUUCUGGAUUCAUCUCACAGUUCUCAGCAAGAGCGGCAAUGGAGAUGGUUUCUACUCGUCGGGUUUUCAAGCGCGUUUGGAAGGGAACAGCUUGCACAAGGCGAGCGCUCCGCGCGUACUGGCGUAUGGCGCCCUCAUCACUCUCAAGAACCACCGCACAGGAGGAGGCUACCUGCACUCUCAUCACCACUUGUACCCCGCCGGAGCAGGUGCGAGGCAGCAACAGAUAACGACGUACACGCACAAGGAUGAGAACAACAGGUGGCGCAUCCAGCCGUACGACGGCGAACCCGGCCAGGAGCUGCUGGUAGUCCGCAGCGGCGACCUGGUGCGGCUCACACACGCGCAGACCGGCCGCAACCUGCACUCGCACCGCGAGCGAGCGCCGCUCUCCGCCAGGUUCAUGCAGGUCACCGGAUACGGCGAGGAUGGUGUAGGCGACGCCAACGACGUGUGGAAGGUCGUGAUAUCGGGAGGCCGGGACGGUGACGAGAUACUCACCGUGCGGAGUAAACUUAUGUUUAUACAUUAUCUGCAGUCGUGUGCGCUGACGACCACGGGUAAGCAGCUGCCGAAGUGGGGCUUCGAGCAGCAGGAGGUGGCGUGCAAUCCCAACCUGCGGGACCGCAACGCGCUUUGGAACGUCGAGGACAACGUUUACGACGGACUACCAAAGGUGAGUUUCGAGUCGUACGCGUCGGGGCUAUGGGAGCGCGUGGUGGAAUCCCACGCUGUCAUGCUGCAGGGGAACGCGGGACUCAAGCCCAAAGAGGGGGAGGUGACCUCGCAACCCUGGCAGUGGCCCAUCAACUACCGGGGUCAAUUCUUCUCGGGCAGUAAUCACCGUAUCUACCUGCUGGGCAACCCUGUCAUAUGGUGGUGUAACCUGGCCUUCCUGCCGCUGUUCCUGGUGGUAUUCGUUAUCACCGCCGUACGGGAGAAGCGGGCACGCGCGCGUUCUGCCACGCCUACUGAUAACGCCCCGGUCGAUGAGAGUAGCAGGCUCGUGAGCGGCGCGACGUGGUCUUUCGUGGGCUGGGCGCUGCACUACGUUCCGUUCUGGGCCAUGGGCCGCGUGCUGUACUUCCACCACUACUUCCCCGCGCUCAUCUUCAGCUGCAUGCUCACCGGUAUCCUGGCGGAGUACCUGGCCCUGCUGGUGAGCCGCCACUUGUCCUGCGAGCUGGUCCGCAGCGUGUCGCACGCGGCGCGCGGCGUGUGGCUGGCGUGCGCCGCGUACAGCUUCCGUCUGUUCGCGCCGCUGGCGUACGGCACCAACGGCCCGCUCGCACACGAGCCCAACUCCACCAUGAGCGGCCUCAAGUGGCUGUCCUCGUGGGAGUUCUAACACACCCGACCGUCACCACCCCACCUGACUUAUACUCUAUAUUGGGAGUCCACCGGAAAGAUGACCUCAAAGAGGAUCAAUACAGAAAUAAAAUUUGAAAACAAAACUUUAUGAAUGAUGCGGGACUCGAACCCACGACCUCUGGCGUUCCGUGCGAGUGCUCUACUCUCUCUCUAUUCAAAGAUGGUUGGUAGCAAACGCAUGCUGCAGUUGUGACUUUUCUUUUAAAUGAAAUGAUAAGAUACAGUAUCGGUAAAUUAAUGCAUUAAAGGACACAUUUGCCACAUAUGCCUUUAGAAUGAAUUAAAUCACAAAUAUCAUAUCUAUUCACUUGCGACCUUUUUGACAUACUGUAAGUUAAAUGUGCUCUUUUUACGUACAUAAGCAAUACAUAGCAAAAAUAGCUCAGUUGUGCCCUUUGAGCUUAUGGUACUUUUGUUUACCGUGUCUGUAAAAUUAUAAUUAUUGGCAGAUAGGCCUUUUUUUCCUGAUUCCAAAUAUGUAUUUAACUCAAUUUUGAGGAAAAUGUUAGUUGUGCCCUUCAUUACCCACAUCCACAUUACCCGGAAGAUCAGCGGCCUCCGGGCAUACAAUACAACCCAAACUCUUCUCUUCAAUAUUUCAUAUUUUUUUUGUGUUGCAUAUAUGCAUAUUGUGUUCAUAUUUAAGUGACGCUAGCAUACUUUUGAAGUAAAGCGGCCGGCUUACCAAAAAAUUUGAAUUGAACUUGUAAAGUAAUUUACACGCGUAAGCUUAGUUCAUCGCAUUCUACUUCAAUGGUAAAAUUGGGGCUUAAUUCAUAUACACUGGAACUUGACUGCUCGAUAAUAAUAUUGAGUUAUCUCCUCAUGGGCCAUGAUUAAAUCAAACAAGUAAUUACACGUCCGUUAUUUAUUAAUAAACACUCGUCUAAUGAGCAACGGGGCGCGGAGACAACUGACUCGCGACUCGUCAUUUGCACACGUCGACAGCUGUCCCCACAAUAAUAAUGCACUUGUUGAGUGUAAUAGUGACAGCAUUACCACUGUUGGGGAGCGAAAAACUAGUUUGUUAUUGGUUAAGCAUUAUGGGAGUUUCUUUUGUGUGUAAGAAAUUUGUGUGUGCGAGCUCUUAAGGAAUAAUAUAUUAUUUAUAAGCUCAAUAAUAAUGCUCAUUGUACUUAAACAAUUCCGUCCAUUUAUGAUUUUAGUAUUUUAAUGUAUUAAUGAAAUAUUUUUAUAGAACAGAUGUAAGAAGUAAUUUAUUAAUUUAUCAAUUUAUUAAGUUAAAUAAAUAUACAUAUUUCAAAUA